GAAAAUAGCCCCAACUUAUAGAAUAGCCUUUCAGAUUCCCCUCUCAUUGCUUUUUGCUACCGCCUUACUUCAGCCUUUUUUUUUAGUUUACCUUCCCCGUUCGUGUUUCAGGAACUCAGUUGCCGACGUUCUUGGCGAGAGUUAUCGUUUGCAGAUUCUUCCUCCAGAAGGGCGGUAUAGGUGCCGGAGCGUGAACUUGAACGCGAUUGAAAAGGAACAUUAUCAUGAAUCCAUAUUGGUGUUGGAAAAGCUUAUAUUGUUAGUUUUCUUUUAGGAUUAGAUAUCCUUUUUGUUAGGUGACAAGCAGUCCAAUUAGCUUUUGGUCAUGAAAACACCUUUUGAAUAGAGAAGCACUACCGCCUUGUUAUUUAUGCUUGGGUUAAUAUAAAUUAGCUUUUCUAGCUUUCAAUUUCUACCGCUGGGGUCUAUUCUUGAAAUAUCUACUAAUAUUUGCUCCUUGAGUUUUGUUGCUUUUGUAGGUUUCAGUUUCGAUCUUAAGACAUGGCAAAGCAUCAUCCUGAUUUGAUUAUGUGCCGCAAGCAGCCUGGGAUAGCUAUUGGGCGGCUUUGUGAAAAAUGUGAUGGGAAGUGUGUUAUCUGUGAUUCUUAUGUUCGUCCUUGCACGCUGGUGAGAGUCUGUGAUGAAUGUAAUUAUGGCUCUUUUCAGGGUCGCUGCGUCAUCUGUGGAGGAGGGGGUAUUUCUGAUGCCUAUUACUGUAAGGAGUGUACACAACAAGAGAAAGAUCGAGAUGGGUGUCCAAAAAUUGUGAAUCUUGGAAGUGCUAAAACAGAUCUCUUUUAUGAGCGUAAGAAGUAUGGCUUCAAGAAAAGAUGAUAUGACGAGGAACUGCAGAUAGUGGUGCCGGGGUUUGUUAGUUGUCCGCCUUGAUGUAGAACUUGCAGAAGCAGAUGUACUGAGUUUCGACAGUAAUCUAUCUACUAGAGAAGCGACUACUUAAAGAGUUGGUGUAUCAUCUGAUUGCUAAGCCUAAGAUUUUCUUUUACUUGUAUUUCGCUUAAUAAUUGAUCUUGCUACAAGUUCAUGACGUAGUUUUUUGUGUGGACCUUUAUUUCUCGAAAUCGUUUGUUUGCGCUAUAGUAGCUGCUUCCAUGUAUGAUCUCGAAUUUAGGGUGCUAAUCCAAGUUUUUAUGAUUUUUGCAAAAUAGAUUUCGCAUAAUAGUACUUGUGUCAAAUUUACUCUAUUAAGCAAUGGCCAUGUCUUUUUUUUUUUUUUUUUCUGGAAACGGCAGCAAUGGUCAUGUCUUGAUGUCCCCC